AUGACUCGUCAGCUAACCCGCUAUUACUAGCUACGUGAGGUGACGGCAAAGUUUAUUUUUGCUGAAACUAAAGGCGAAACAGCUGUUGAACAUAUGUGAAACAAGCUCCUGAUCUUCGCACAGACUGCCGCUCAUCGUGGACGAGCGCAACUUGUAUGCUCCUACAAUGACCUUCUCACUUGGGUGAUAUCCGCCAUUAUAGGCUUACUGCGUUAUGCAGGGGUUAUGGAAAGUCCAGUGAAUUCAGAUGAAGAUCCUUCUGUUAUCUUGGUCAACUCAUGGUCCAACAAAGUGGAGGAAAGUAAACGUGUAAAUGUGGGAGGAUUUGUUCUGGUGCAUGCAGGUGCUGGAUACCAUUCUGAAUCCAAAGCCAAGGAGUACAAGCAUGUGUGCAAAAGAGCCUGUCAAAAGGCUGUGGAUCUGCUCAAAGCAGGAGCGCAUGCAGUGGAAGCAGUGGCUGCAGCACUUGUAGAGCUGGAGGAUUCCCCAUUUACGAAUGCCGGCAUGGGUUCAAACCUUAACCUGUCUGGGGAAAUAGAGUGUGAUGCCAGUAUCAUGGACGGGAAAUCGCUGCAUUAUGGAGCUGUCGGUGCCAUCAGUGGGAUUAAGAAUCCUGUGCUGGUAGCAAACCGCCUGCUUAGUGAGGCACAGAAAGGGAAACUAUCCGCUGGCCGAAUCCCACCCUGCUUUCUAGUGGGCAGAGGAGCACAGGAUUGGGCCAUCAGCCAUGGAAUCACACCAUGCUCUUCAGAGAAGAUGGCAACAAAGUUCAGUUUGUCAGCCUACAAGAGAAACAAGAGGAAGAUGGAGAUUGCGGAAGGAAUGGACGCAGGAAAUAAUCAAGUCAAGAAAUUGCGACAAUCAAGUGAAAAUGGGAACGGAUCUGGGUGCCUUGACACAGUUGGAGCAGUUGUUGUUGACCAGGAUGGGAAUGUAGCUGCAGCAGUGUCCAGCGGAGGUUUGGCCAUGAAACACCCUGGCAGAGUGGGCCAGGCUGCUCACUAUGGAUGUGGCUGCUGGGCUGAAAAUGCCUCUCACAAAAACCUUUACUCCACUGCAGUGAGUACUUCAGGCUGCGGAGAACAUCUGAUCCGCACCAUGCUCGCUCGGGAAUGCUCGUCUGCCAUGCAGUCUGAAGAUGCCCACCAAGCGUUGCUGGAGGCUAUGCAAAACAAAUUCAUCAGCUCGCCCUUUCUCGCCAGUGAAGAUCGUGUGUUGGGUGGAGUAAUCCUCCUGCGAUGCUGCAAAAUCGUGGAACCUCAGCCAUCUCCGAAUAUUCAGGGUGUCCUCGUUGAGUUCCUGUGGAGCCACACGACUGAGAGCAUGUGUGUGGGAUACAUGUCGGCCCAAGAUAGCAAAGCAAAGACGCACAUAUCGCGGUUACCACCAGGAACUGUGCCCGGCCAGUCGCUAGCCAUCGAAGGAGGAGUGUGUCGCCUGAUGAGCACGGUGGAGUGAGCCUCACCCACUCACAGCAAUACCCACCAGUACACACCUUUGUGAUGCUAAUAUAAGCUUUAGCUGUUUAAACAGGUGUCCACUGAGGAAGGGGGCGGGGCUUCAAUCUGUGCACGUCCAGAGCUCCCCCUCGAAUGGCAUGUGCUUUAUCCCGAACUGUCCCUCACAGGCUUCCCAGUGUCACCUGGAUUACACUUGAUGCACCAUUGCCUUGAUGCAUUCUUAGUUAUUUUUCCGACACAAAGUGGCAUUUUUAUGUUUGUACAUAAGCUACAAUUAAGGUCAACAGGGUGGACGUCCAUGUUGUUUGGUGUCGCUGAACAGAUGUGACUGUUUUUAUGACUUUCCUGUACAAAUGAUGUCUGUACGCACUUACAGUGUCAUCACGUUUAAUAUCCAGCUUCACGUGCAUCUUAAGCUCAUCUGCGCAGUUAGAAAUGUGAACACAGCAUGAAGGUGUCGAAUCUGGAGGCGUUUACUUAAAACCGAAUGUUAUGCAGUUUUACAGACAACAUAUAGAACUCAGGUAGCAGAAUCUAUCCCGUCACUCAACACGACUGUUAGCCAUCAUAUUUAUAGACUCACUAAGGACUAUUAAAAGCCUAUUUAUGCAUUUAAAUGCCCAUGAAAUGGUGCUGUUGAGGAACGUACUUGAAAAGACUCAAGGUCUAAAUUUGAUUUUGCUUUGUUACUCGCAAGAACUUCAGUAGUUGUUUAAGAAGCCCGUCUAAUCGUGAUGAUAUGCAUUUAUGAGAUAUAUAAGCUAUGGAUUGUUCACUCUGUGCACAGCUCUAUGAAAACAAUAAAAUCUAUGUUACUACAAUUCUUUGUCAGUUG